AUGACUGACACUUCAGAGUCAUCCCGCAGGCGUCCGACCAGCGCCGCCUCCCACCUCCAGUAUCCAACCCUUCCGCCGCUCUCAGCCCCCGUCGAGGAGUGGUUAUCACGUUCACGACCAAGCAGCAUGACGUCAGAUCGACUGCCCGACCAUCCGCUCAAGACUCUGAGCGAGAGCUGGGCCACUCUGAGCGUGUCCGAUCUACACUCAGAGGACGGCAGUCGUUCCGAGCAGACAGAUGUGGGGUCUCUGAUCGAUCAGACCAGCCCCGACGACGUUGCAAGCCUCGACGGCCGGUACAGUAGCAGUGAUGCCGAUCCUCAAGACUAUGGUGGGGCCGACUUGAAUGACGCCGGGGACGAUAUCCAGAGCUCCAUCUCUGGCUCUCAAGAGCUUCCUACACUCUACGCCCAAGGGGGAAGUCCUAUCGACGAUAGCAACUUGACCACGAAGCCUGCUCUUCCCCACUCCCUGGACUCUAUUGAGUUCGUGGAGCCCGAGAAAUGGCCUGAGAUACAAGAACGAGUGGAGCUCAAGCAUACUAUUCGCGUCUUUGAGGGAGCAGCAGCCUCAGAAUUGAAGAGCCGACUUCCGUACAACCCAACCGAUGCAAUCCUGAUGGCCACUGUCCAGCAGACUAUGAUCAAGCAGAGCCUCGACCUAGAUAAACCUUUCCGGGUACUGUACAUUGGACACUCAGGCUUCCGAAACAUCAUUCUUGACAAAAUCGGUGACGUCCUGGUAUCCAGUUCAUGUCCCACUUCAGAUACAAGCUCGGCCGAGUCCUCCCGGUACCAUGUUGUGCCGACAUCGUUCGGGGCCGGAGCCGUGCCCAACUUUGCAGAGCUCCUCCCGAUCCAUGUCCAACUUGUGGUCGAUGAGUGUCUGGAAGCUACUGCCGGUCUUCAGGAGAAUCAACCCAGCACAGUGAACCUGAGGUUCAAGAAUCGUCCGCCUUGCACCUCCUCCUGGACCGGAUCGGAAUACUCUGUCUCAUCCACGACGGAAUGGACUCUGCCCGAUGUGGCAAUCUUGUUCGUGUCUUCCAGUGAUGAUAUGGCCGCCGUGAAAACCCGGCGCCUGGCCCACAGCUUCCUCGAGCGGCAUGGAAUCCCCGCGAUGGUGAUCUCAGAAGAGGAGCCUCUCUGGAAGUUUCCCAGCGAAAUCAUCGCUCUGAAUCACAACAGCCUUCACAUGUGCCUGGAAUCCCGGCUUCCUCGAGCGGGAAAGACAGUAGUUCUUAGACGAUACCCCAUUGACUUGAAGACGUUUGAGAGCAUCACUCCCGGUCAGCUGAACCGAAAUCUCGCUUCGCUUGUGAGUCUGUAUCCAAAGAAGACACACAAAGCCACAUCCGAUACCCCGAAGACUCUUGAUCAUUACUCAAUCUUUGAUCUCGAAAAGUACCCAGGUAAUUGGAUCCCCCAUUCCUACACCACGCGGGCUCGCGAACUAGCCCCCAUGUUGCGUCUCGUCACUCUCACCCUGAUCUCGGCCAUUGCGCUGUCAAUCGGAUAUGCAGCUGUAAAGACGAUGGUGCUCUUCCUCGCCCAGUGGGUGGCUGGAUCGACUGCAACCAAUUCAUUCUCCCUCGCGACAAACUACAACACUCCCACGGCUGUCGUGACUUUGGACCAGCUGAAGCAGACCUCGCUCGCGGUACGGCCACCAGGCGAUGUUCCGAGUUUGCGCAUCCAUUCAUCAAAUGAAGCUACGGGACUCACGAUCCCGGUCUCAAAUUCACCGGCGAGAACCAAUGCUUUUGAAAUACAGGUCGUCGGAGACUGUCAUGUAGUCAUCAAACCUCCACACAGCUUUACAUCCUCCAAGAAGCAACCACGCUUCAACGUUAGCGUCCACCGGCACAACCAGGUGCUUCCAUAUGAACUAUCGCAGAUCUUUGACGGUGUGUACUCGCUGAAGCUGGCUCGCGAGGAUGCCUACAGCGUGGUCAACGUGACCAUUGUGGCCAAGUCCAAGUCGCUGCUGAACCAAACCACAGCCGUCGACUUUGGGACUCCCUGGCUGAAGAUCGAAAGCUGGAGGCGGGCGGCGCAGGACGUCUCUUCGCACCUCGUACAGGACUGGCACAUGGCACAAACUGGCCUGACGGAGGUGUAUGGCCGGUUUUCUACUGAUCUACAGGUGCUCGUCGGGGACGUGGUCAAGAGGUCGCAUUUCCUCCGCCAAGACGCAGAACGGCUCCGCCGCGAGGGCAUGCAUGUCCGGGACACUGUCCUGUCACGAUCCAAACAGCUCUCCGAGGUCUUCUCCCAGACUGCCGUCCAGCGGUUCCGCAGCGUCUCUUCCGAACUGCAGCGUCGGUCUGUCCGAGUGAACCGCGAGGCCAAGGUGCUAGCCAGCGAUGUGUGGAAUCGUCUGGGAGAAUCAGCGGCCAAAGUCGACCUCCGUGCCGUGAUGGAUCGUGUCCGCAAUGUCAGUAAAUGUGCUGCGCUAGAUCGAGCGCAGACGAGGGCUCGUUACUUUGUGGGACGGGGAGGGUGA